UAUAGUAAUAUAGUCCAUCCUGAUUUUAAAACGUACAGUUUGAUUUCUACGUUGUUAUAAGACAUUGAAUAUGGCUCAACAAAAUUCAAGUAUAUCUCUGUCAACAGGGCAACAAAUGCCCAUUUUAGGAUUUGGAACAUGGCACGCAAGCGGAGAAGAACUAGAAGCAGCUCUGGAUGCAGCUUUGAAAGCCGGAUAUAGGCAUAUCGAUACGGCUACAGUAUACGAAAAUGAACGUUUUAUUGGUAACGUCUUAAAAAAAUGGUUGGAUUCAGGCAGAAUCAAGCGAUCCGAUCUGUUUAUUGUGACUAAGGUACCUCCUAGUGGUAACAGAUCCGGUGAUAUAGAAAAGUGGCUGAAAAGAUCACUUCGUAAUUUGCAUUUGACCUACAUAGAUUUAUAUCUUGUGCAUACUCCAUUUGCAUAUCAAGAUGCUGGAGAAGAGUUUCAUCCUCUUAAUGAACAAGGAGAAAUAAUGAUUGAUACUGAUACAGACCAUCUACAAAUAUGGUCUGCAAUGGAGAAUCAAGUAGUGCAAGGACGUACUAAAGCGAUUGGAUUGAGCAACUUUAACAUUACACAAAUUAAAAAAAUUUUGGAUAACGCUAAAUUACCUGUUUCCAAUUUGCAAAUUGAAUUACAUGUGCAUUUCCAACAGAACAAACUGGUGAAGUUUUGUCAGAACCACGACAUCAGUGUAACAGCGUACGCUCCUUUGGGUUCACGUGGAUUUGUUGAAAAAAUAGGUAAGAGAGACACUGUACCGGACUCAUUAAAAAACAUAACUGUAUUAGAAAUUGCAAAAAAAUAUGAAAAAACGCCUGCACAAAUAUUACUUAAACAUAUAAUUCAAAAAGGUAUAGCGACUGUACCGAAAAGCGUUAAUCCUUUAAGAAUUAAAGAAAAUAUUGAAUUAUUCGAUUGGAAACUCGAAACUGAAGAUGUUGAUAAGUUAAAUGCUUUGGAUAUGGGAGAAUCUGCACGCGUGUGUGAUUUUAGGUCAGGUUUUUUCAAAAGUCUAUCAAAGCAUCCAGAAUUUCCUUUUUAA